AUGGCCCCUCAUUCCAACACCGACAUGAUUUCUUCAACAAAUGGCGGAGUUCUCGCGCAAAGUAAGCGCUGGAACCCACAUGGAAAGGAGGGACAAACUGCCCUCGAGGCACUUUCGCAGGGCACGCCUCUGCCCGGCAUCCCAACAUUUCCCUCGUUCCACGAACAUCGGACGCACAUCCUCGAGCACAUGGCCGCGACCUUCCGCAUCUUCGCUCGCAAGGGGUUCAACGAGGGUAUGGCCGGUCACAUCUCAGUCCGCGAUCCCGAGAACCUGCACACCUUCUGGACCAACCCACUCGGUCGUCCGUGGCAGUUGAUCCGGGCUUCCGAUAUGGUCUUGGUCGACUACAGCGGCAACGCCAUUGGCGGGAACAUGAGUCUGCCCUCGAACGCGGCUGGCUUUCUCAUUCACAGUGCUCUCCAUAAAGCGAGGCCUGACGUGAACGCAGCUUGCCAUGCCCACACCGUGUACGGAAAGGCUUGGUCGACCUUUGGCAGGCCCUUGGAGAUGAUCAAUCAAGAUGCUUGCAUCUUUUACGGAAAGGCGCAAGCUGUUUAUGAAGACUUUGGUGGCGUGGUGUUUGAUGAGGAGGAAGGGAAGCGUUUGGCAGAAGCGCUUGGACCGGAGGGCAAGGUGAUGACUCUGACCAGUCAUGGGCUGCUUACGGUGGGAGAAACGGUUGACGAGGCAGCAUAUCUGUUCACACUUAUGGAGAAGAGCUGUCAGGUUCAGCUCUUGGCGGAGGCUGCAGCUGCAAAUGGCAUCCCGAAGAGAAUCAUUGCGGAUAACGUAGCAGAGUAUACCUUCAGGAUGACUUCAAGUCCUGAUAGUCUGUACCGUGAGUUCCAGCCGGACUUCGAAGUGGAAGAUGCUUUGAGCAACGGGGACUUCCGUAACUAG